AUGAAGUGGCUCUCCGCAGCAGCGCUGUCUCUCGUCGCGCCUGUUCAGGCCGGCCUUCGGUUCCAAUGCUCGACUCUGACGAUUCAACGUCUGGACCCUGUUGUCCAGCCAGGCGCGGUCCCGGCCUCUCAUGUCCACCACAUUGUGGGCGGAAACGCAUUCAAUGCCACCAUGGAGGGAGACGUUGGUGCAAGGGCUACCUGCACCACUUGCGAGAUGUCAGAGGACUUUUCCAACUACUGGACGGCCGUUCUGUACUUCAAGCACCCCACCAAUGGCUCUUACCACCGUGUGCCAGUUAUCCCUGUCAACCCUGGUAACCUCGAUGGCUACUCCGGCACAAAGGGUGGACUUACUGUCUACUACAGCCAGACGGACUUGAUCCGGGACGACAUCGCACAUCAACCCGUCAAGACAUUCCCACCACACGUCGGCUUGCGCUACCAAUGCUGGGACGGUAAGAACCUUGACAGUCCAGACCACCAGUCGCACAUGUACAACUCCAUCACCCAGGACGGGUUCGUCAACGCAGGAAAGUGCCCAUCAACUCAUCCUGUCCGCAUGCCACAGGUCGCCUUCGAAACUGUCUGGGACACCUCGAAGUUCAACAGCAUGUGGCCCUCGGGGACACCCAACCCCUACGUAUGGAGCUUCGAGGGUACCGCCGCCGGCACCCACGCCGAUUACAUGUUUGGCUGGAAGGGAGACUCGCUUCAACGCGCCAUGAACAAGUCGGAGUGCUUCUAUGAUGGCUGCGGCUCCAUCACGAAGCAGCAGAUGAGCGUUGCCAAUCAAUGCACCAUCAAACAAACGGUUCAGGAGGAGACUGACGGCUGGCUCCCCAAACUUCCCGGCAUGUAA